UCUGCAUGGAUCCGAUAUAGGGAACUUUGCAGCACCAACCAACCACUCAAAUGGGUGGGCCCCAAGCGCCUACUGGCCCAGCUAUAAAUCAGUCGUUUGUUUUGGGGUGACGCUCCAUUUGGACGUGAGACUUGAUUGAAAUCCAUGUCCAGGACAUGUCCAGGAUACCUCUCCGCGUCUUCCUCAACCCACACCCAAAAAGCGUCCAGCGGCUAUCAACGGCCGCUCAACAACCCACGUCCCCCAGCGCCUCCACCCGCGCCUUUUGGAUGCCGCGCAAGACCCCCACGGGCAGCCCCCGGACCUCGGUCGAGGAGUUCCAGGACCUCCUCGGCAGGGUGGUCGAGGGCCGGGGCCGCGUCCUCGCGCUCUGCGGCGCCGGCCUCUCGGCGUCGUCGGGCCUGCUGACGUUCCGUGGCAAGGGCGGCAUGUGGCGGAACCACCGCUCCACCGACCUCGCCACCCCGGAGGCCUUUGCCGAGAACCCGGGCCUUGUCUGGCUCUUUUACGCCUGGCGCCGCCACCGCGCGCUCAGCGUCCAGCCCAACGCCGCCCACUACGCCCUCGCCCGCCUGGCGACGCGCCUGACGCCGCCGCCGCUCUUGGACGACGACGACGACGACGACGCCACAACCAAGACGGCCAAGACCCGCUUCCUGUGCCUGACCCAAAACGUCGACGGCCUCUCCCAGCGCGCCGGCCACCCGCCCGCGUCGCUGCGGCCGGUGCACGGGCGGCUGUUCGACCUCAAGUGCUUCGACGGCUGCGGCUACGUGGAGCGCGACAACUUUUCGGACCCGCUCUGCCCGGCCCUGGCCCCGUCCUCGGCCGACCCGGACCCGGACUGGAUCGUGGACGGCAAGCUCCCCGCGCCGCAGGUCGCCGCGUCGGACCUGCCGGCCUGCCCGCGGUGCGCAAAGGACGACGGCAAAGCAGCCCUGCUGCGGCCCGACGUCGUCUGGUUCGGCGAGCCGCUCGAGGACGACGUGCUGGCCGAGGCCGAUGCCUUUGUGUGCGGUAGCGGCGGCGGCGGCGGUGGCGGCGGCGGCGACCCGCCGCCACCCGUGGAGCUGAUGCUCGUCGUCGGCACCGCCGCCACGGUCCACCCGGCCGCCGGCUACAUCGACCUGGCCAGGCGGCACGGCGCCGUGGUAGCCGUGGUCAACCCGGACCCGGACGCGGGGCGCGGGCUCGGCGCCGACGACUUCUUCUUUGCCGAGGACGCCGCCGAAGUGCUGCCGCGGCUGGUCGAGAAGGUCGCCGGCAUGGAAGCUUAAGCGAAAUGGGCGAUUUUGUGAUGGAGAACAGGAAAAAAAGGAGAAAAGGUUCUCGACCGAGGGCGGCUUCAGGUUUCACAGUCCCCCAUCCGUCUGAGGUUCAGGGGCCAUCAACCCACCUAUGCCCCGUUUGACAGUUUUCAUGUUUAACCCAGCCGGGCCCAGAAGCUUCAACUCACUCCUACGUCUAGAUCUCUUGUUGGUCCUCCCCAUGCAUGGGCGCGCCCCUUGAACACACCAACACAAAUACAUGCAAGCUUAUAACGGGGGUUGUGGUAGCGCCAAGAGGGCCCCCCGGGCCAGGCCGAUUCGAAAGUAUAAAAAGAAGAAGAAAAGGUUCCGGAACGAACCGGCCAGCUUCCAGAACCACGCGAAUCAUGGUUCAUGCAUUCCGGCUCCUGGCAAGUCCCGAGCAUCCGAGGCGCAUCCGACUCGACUCCUAUUCUCACUCCCCUUCGCUUCUCCAUCUCUCUUUUCCAUGUCACGGGAUCCCCCCAGUAGCCAAGCGGUCAAGGGAAGGAGCGAAUCAUACAUUUUCCCGAAGCGCCCGUCAUUUUUGUGUUGCAGGGGCUAGCCCGGCUAGAGGUGUGGACUUUUACUGGACGUCGUUGGAAAAUUUCUCACCUCCCUCGUCGGUGAGAGGCAGAAAAAAAGUAUAACGCAUCCCAACGAACCAGUGGGCCAAGGGUCGAGGUCCGGUGACCUGGACGCGACGUGCUGUAAUGUGAUGGCAGCCAAGCCCCACCCAGCCGCCCAGCCGGGGGGGAUUCAGCAACAAGCAGUCAGGUGGGUGAGGAUGACGAGGAGGGGGUGCGUUUGGGUAACAAAAGGUCAUCACACCGCAGCGGCCACUCGUCAUUGGGCGCUUGGGCGGGCAUCACACCGGUCAUCCAUCAUGCAAUUAUCGGGGGGGGAAGAGGAUGAGGUUGCUGAAAGAGAAACAAGACAAGAAAGAAAACGGUACAUAGGCCAGUCAUGAUGCAAGAGGUGGAGGAGGAGGGGGUGCGGGACUCACCGUAAGCGGGUGUGCAACUACCGAGCCAGCCGUUGCGACGAGAGAGAAUAACAAGCUAGUUCUGGAUCGCGCGGCAUAGACAAUGCAGUCUUUCUCCCUCC